AUGGAUGACCAGGAAGAUGAGCCCACGAGUGUUAUCCACGAUAUCCACGCCAGCAGCAGGCCUGGGGAAUGGAACCUGAAAAGCGUUCUCCCAGAUACCGGCAAGCCGUGGUACAAGGAACGUCAUCUUUUACUCCUUAACCUUGGGAUGAUCAUUCCCUACCUAUCCUCAACCACCAAUGGGUAUGACGGAUCCAUGCUCAAUGGCCUGCAGUCGAUGAGCCAAUGGCAGCACUUUUUCGGCAGUCCCACUGGUACCCGUCUGGGCUCACUUUCCAACGGAGUUAUCUUCGGCCAAAUCCUCGCUUUCCCCAUUGCUCCUUGGCUCUGCGACCACACGGGCCGACGGUUCCCGAUCUUCAUCGGAUCGGCAUUGCUGGUGAUUGGAGCCGUUCUUCAAUGUGCCGCACAGAACUAUGCCAUGUUUUUGGUCUCUCGUAUGGUGAUCGGAUUCGGUGGCCUAAUCGCUGUCGAAGCAUCGCCAAUGCUAGUUAGUGAACUAGCCUAUCCAACUCAUCGAUCUGUUUUGGUCGGCUAUUACAACAAUCUGUGGUAUCUUGGAGCGUUACUCGCGGCAUGGAUCACAUACGGAACCUAUUUCAUGGGUCCAAAUAUGUCAUGGGCCUGGCGCAUCCCGUCUCUUUUACAAGGAUUCUUUCCCCUUUUGCAAGUGAUUUUUGUCUAUUUCCUCCCCGAGUCACCACGAUAUCUCGUACAAAAAGACCGAUACGAGGAAGCCCGAAAGGUGUUGACGAAAUAUCACGCCGGUGGGGACGAGAACUCCCCGCUGGUUGACUAUGAGAUGAAAGAGAUCAUAUUAUCAAUCCAGACCGCGAAAGGAGCUUCUCAAACUGGGUAUCGCGAGUUCCUGAGUACUCGCGGCAACUUGCAUCGCCUUUUCAUCAUCAUUGCAGUCCCCUGCAUGAUGCAACUGUCGGGCAACGGCCUGAUCGCGUACUAUCUUCACCUUAUUUUGAACUCGAUUGGCUUCACCUCUGAUCCUCAACAGCUCCGCAUAAAUGGCGGCCUGACUGUCUUCAACUUGGGGGUUUCAAUCAUUCUAGCCUCGUUUAUGGAGGUGGCCGGUCGACGACGCCUCUUCCUGUUCUCAACAGUGGGCAUGCUGACCUGCUACGUGAUAUGGACAAUCUUAUCCGCAAUCAAUGAACAAAGAGAUUUCAAAGAUAGCACUCUUGGCACUGGGGUAAUUGUCAUGAUUUUCAUGUAUCAGCUUUUCUACAACGCCGGUCUCAAUGGGCCACCCUGGGUCUAUGUUACGGAAGUGCUUCCCACCCACCUCCGUGCCAAAGGAACGAAUAUCAUGCAGAUUGCGUCGACAUGUGUUAUCCUCUUUAAUGGAUAUGCUAACCCCGUGGCGAUGGAUGCGAUCAGCUGGAAAUACUACAUCGUUUAUUGCUGUGUGAUUGCUGUUGAGGUUGUCCUUGUUUAUUUCGGAUUCCCGGAAACCAAGGGCCGCAGUUUGGAAGAGGUUGGAUUGAUUUUUGAUGGAGAUAAGGCCUUCGUUGACAUCCAGGAGAAGGAAACCACGGCUGAAGCUUGA